AUGCGCCGACGUCGACGUGCCAACAAUCAGUUACCUCUGAGGAUAACGAAACGUCUCGAUGUGUAUAUGAUGCGUCGGAAUGCCUUAACCAUUCUCGAGUAUUCGACCGCUUGGGCUUUCAGAUGCUUUCAAGGCACCUUCUAUUGUUCUUACUGCGAUGCUAAAUGCACUGACGUUGAUCCCUUACGCGAACACGUCUUCAAACUUCAUUUAAAUGAUACACCUACUGAAAGGGUAUUCGCAAAAUUGACAGAAAAUAAUAUGUUGAAAAUCGAUGUCACGCAUCUUAAUUGUAGAUUUUGUCAAAACGUAGAAUUGGAAAGUAUAGAGAAGCUCAAACAACAUAUGCUUAGUUGUCACGGAAAGGCAUUGCAUGAUGGCUAUAGCGAUGGAGUGAUGCCUUUUAAACUAGCAGUUAAUGAAUUCGCGUGUCAAAUAUGUUCUGCUGUGUAUGCAAAGUUCUUACAGAUUGACCGUCAUAUGAACACACAUUACCAGAAUUAUGUUUGUGAUGAAUGCGGAAAAACAUUUGCGACUAUUCCUCGUUUGAGGAAACACGUACAAAGCCAUGAGGUGGGGCAGUUUCCAUGCCUCGAAUGCGAUGAAAUCUUGAUAACAAGAGCCCAGCGGUUGAGUCACAAAUUGAAAGUACACAAGAAGGGCAUACGAUACGCGUGUCCCAAAUGUUCAGAUUUAUUCACCACCUAUUAUGACAGGGCUAAGCAUUUGGUUGAGACACAUGGCCACAAAAAGAUUCAAUAUAACUGCACAGCAUGCGAUAGAGUAUUCGAAACUAGUUCCAAACGAGCGCUUCAUUACCGUUUCUCGCAUACCCAUGUUGAAAAAAGAUAUAAUUGCACCAGCUGACUAGAAGAGGUCCAAUCACAGUCCGAAAAAUGUCGACCGACGCUAACAAUCAAAUGGAAAAGGCGACGUUACCUAACGGAAGACAAAGUUAAUGCUGCUUUAAUACUGGAGCAUUCUAAUGCAGUGAUCUUUAGGUCACAACGUGGGAAAUUGAUGUGUGCAUAUUGCCAAACAUAUUGUCAUAAUGGAAAUGAGUUGAGAGCCCAUUCAGUGACACAUAAUAAAAUGGAAAUUUUUGAAAAUAAUAAUUUAAGAGCAACAUUUCCUUUAAGGAUCGAUGUCACGAACCUAACCUGUACAAUUUGUAACGAAGCUAUAAACAACAAUUGUAUUGAAGGUUUAAAGCGGCAUCUAAAUGUGGUUCAUUCUAAGAUAUUCAAUACAGAGUACAAGGAUGGGGUUAUACCGUUUUUGCUAACUGAGAAUAUUUACAAAUGCGUAUUAUGCGGAUUGAAAUUUGAGCGAUCCCAAUCCUUAUUUGCACAUAUGAAUAAACACUAUCAAAGUUUUGUUUGCCACACUUGUGGGAAGGCGUUCGCAUUGAGGCACACGUAUCGCUCACAUCAAGCUUGUCACGAUAUUGGACAUUUCUCUUGCAACAAGUGUGAUUCCACAUUUGACAAUCGUGCCAUCAAAAAUCGACACGUGGCUGCUGUUCAUGGGCGCAAAGAUAAAUACCGGUGUCCACUUUGUAAUGAUCAUUUUGAUUCAUACUAUGCAAGAUUGAGACAUUUGGAUAAAGUCCACGGACAGAAAGUUGAAUACCGAUGAUCCGACUACAAUCUUAAAUGGAAACCCAGACGCAAGUAUAACGAUCACAGAGACAAUGCUGCAAUUAUUAUAGAGUGUUCCAACGCUUGUCCGUUUAGAUGGAAGCGUGGUUCUUUCAUCUGCGGCUACUGUCAACAAUCAUUCGGCGAUCUGUCGGCUGUGAGAGUUCACUGUAUAGAACAUCCGACCAGAAUUGAAGCUAUGCGUUUCUCAAAGCCUGUAGAUAACAUUAAAAUAGAUAUCACUGGACUCAGAUGUGAGCUGUGUUUAGAGAAUAUGGUAGAUCUCAACACCUUAAAAGAGCAUCUAUUGAAAGUCCAUAAUAAACCUAUAGAACAUAAUGUCGGUUUAGGUGUAACGCCAUUUCUUACUGAAAACAAUGAUUUUAUAUGUACUCACUGUAAUGAACGAUUUGAACUUUUCUCCAAAGUGAAUACGCACAUGAAUAAACAUUACCCGAAUAACAUCUGUUACGAAUGCGGAUCGGACAACAAUCCUAAAUGGAAGCCCCAGUGGAAGUGUAACAAUGAUCAAAGAGUUAAUGCUGCGAUUAUUUUAGAUUGUUCGAACGCUUGUCCAUUUAAAUGGAAGCGUGGCAUUUUCACGUGCAGUAUUUGCGAUCUUACGUUCGUAGAUCUGCCGUCUCUCAGAGAUCACAUCGUAGUACACCCAAAUAAAAUUGAAGCACUGCGUUUCACAAAAUCUUCAAAUACCAUUAAAGUAGAUAUCACUGGACUCAGAUGAAGAAAAUCUCCAUUAGUAAACGAAGUCACGCAAUGCGCCUUGCAGUCUGGCUCGGAGAUAAAUGCAACGGCUUUAUUAACAUCAGCUCGCGAUAUUGGUGACGAGAAACGAUCUACGUUCAGAAAGAACAUCACCAUCAUAAUAGAGUCUUGCACAGCUUUUCCUUUCAAGUAUCGUAAAGGGACAUAUCUGUGUUUCUAUUGUAAAAGCACUUUUCUAGAACCUGAAAAACUUAGGGAACACAAUAAAAUAGAGCAUUCCAACGUACAAAUAACAGUGAAACCGAGGAAAUAUGAACCGUUAAAGAUGGACUUUACCAAAAUCGCCUGCAAACUGUGCAGUGUCGAUAUACUCGAUUACUCAUCAUUGAAACUACAUUUGAAAACUGAGCAUAAUAAAAUCAUUGAUUGCACUUACGGUGAAUGCGUGCUGCCAUACAAAUUGAGCAAAGACGAAUAUUGUUGCCAGAUCUGUGGGAAGAGGUACGAAAUGUUCCUCAGUCUCCAUAAGCACAUGAACGACCACUAUGGUCAUUACAUUUGUGAGAAUUGUGGUAAGAAUUUUGUGACAUUGCAAAGGAUGGUAAAUCAUGCUAGGACUCAUGAGCGUGGCUGUUUUCCUUGUAGACAAUGUAAGGAGACCUUCCCGUCCUAUGCCGCGAUGUACGCUCACGUAGCUAAAGUGCAUCGCUCAAAUAAAAGAUACAAAUGUCCUGUUUGCGAUGAGAAGUUCGCUUCGUAUAAGCACAGAGUGAAGCAUUUAAAUACAGUUCAUGGUGAAAAGACUGCGGUCUUCCCAUGUCCAUUAUGCCCUAAAGUUUUCGAUCUGUGCAGCCGAAGAACUUCUCAUAUUAAGUUCCAGCAUCUCCAAGAGCGAAAUCACGUGUGCCAUGAGUGCGGAAUGAAGUUCUUCUCGAAUUAUGAACUUCAGGAACAUUCUAUAAAACACAACGGUGAAAGGAUUUAUCAAUGUGACGUUUGCAAGAAAGCGUACGCUAGGCUAAAGACUCUGAGGGAACACAUGAGGAUACAUAACGAUGACAGAAGAUUUGUGUGCUUUGUGUGUGGACAGUCGUUUAUUCAAAAUUGCAGCUUAAAACAACACAUUAGGGUGCACCAUCCGACUCACAUCAAAAAUGAUAUUAGAAUUUAAGUUAGCACGGUUAGGGGUUUACAAACAAGUAACGCGACGUUGGACCCUUGUAUGCCAAUACGGCCCAUCCAAACCACUGCUCCUAGUAAUGACUUUAAAACACCGAAUCGUCCAAUCAAAAUCACUAGUGUCAGGGAAUCUCCAUCGAGUAUUCUUAAGGAUAUGACCAAAAAACAGUUGGGCAGAGAGAGUGCUAUUGCAAUCAUAGUCAAUACCAACGUUUGCCCAUUUAGAUUUAAUAGAAGAUUUUUCAGUUGCAUCUAUUGUAAAAUCGAAACUCUCACUAUGCUUGAAUUGAUUAAUCACACAAGCAAUGAGCAUUACAAUGUCGAUCCAUACGGCGUUCGGAGUGCCAUCAAAAGUUUGGGAAAGAUCCAACCGGUAAAACUGAACAUAAUCGAUUAUGUUUGCAGACUCUGCAAUCAGGAACUGGCGAAUUUCGAGGAUCUAAAAAAUCAUCUUGUCGGAAAACACAAGAAGUUUAUAAACUUGGAGAACGACGGUGUUAUUCCUUACAACAUCACAGAGAACAGUUUCACGUGUGGCAGGUGCAAUGAGAAAUUUGACGAGUACCGUCAACUGAACAAACAUAUGGAUGAGCACGUCAGUAAAUUCAUAUGCGACCAAUGUGGAAACGGAUAUCCAACUGAAGGCCGUCUCAAAAUGCACACUUAUUCCCAUAAAGAAGGUUCAUUCCCGUGUGACGUAUGUGGCAAAGUUUACCGCAGCAAACUGGGUAAACGGCACCAUUACCAGACAGUGCAUUUAAACGUGAAAAAGAACAAAUGCACAUUAUGCCCAGCAACUUUUAGGGAUUACUAUCAGAAGCAAAGGCAUUUAGUGGCUGCGCACGGAUUGCAAAGGCCUGUUUACACUUGUGGCUUCUGUCCUAAAACUUUCCUUACUACUUCUCAUGUGAGAGCUCAUGAGCGCUUAGCUCAUACGGAGGCGGCCCAUAAGUAUUCGUGUGAUCAUUGCAGCUACCAUUGUAACAAUAAAAACGCUUUGGCUAUGCAUAUGAUCUCUCACAGCGACGAAAAGAACUAUAAAUGCCAGGUGUGCAACAAGAGUUACGCUAGGAAGAAAACUUUAACGGAACAUAUGAAGAUACAUAAUAAUGAUAGGAGAUUUGCAUGCCAGUAUUGCGAUAAGGCGUUUAUUCAGAAAUGUAGUCUCAAAGGUAGCGCGACGGUGCACCCUUGUAUGCCAAUACGGCCCAUCCGAAUCACUGCACCCUGUGAUGACUCUAGAACACGGAUUCGUCCAAUCAAAAUCAUUGGUGUCCGGGAAUCCCCAUCGAAUAUUAUUAACGAUUUGAACAAAAGACAAUUGGGUAGAGAGAGUGCUAUUGCGAUCAUAGUCAAUGCCAACGUUUACCCGUUUAGGUUCAAUAGAUUUUUCAUGUGCCUCUAUUGUAAACACCAGACCCUCACUAUAGUUGAACUGAUGCAGCACACAAUCAAUGAGCAUUACAAUGUUGAUCAAUACAAAGUCCGGAAUGCGAUCAAAAGCAUAGGGAAGAUACAACCGAUAAAAGUGAACAUUAUCGAUUAUGUUUGCAAACUCUGCAAUCAGGAACUGUCGAAUUUUGAGGAUCUAAAAAAUCAUCUUGUGGGGAAACACAAGAUGUUUAUUAAUUUAGAGAACGACGGCGUAGUGCCUUAUAAGAUCACAGAGAAUAGUUUCAUAUGUGGGCGGUGUAACGAGAAAUGUGAGUCUUACCGUCAACUGAACAGACAUAUGAACCAGCACUACAGGAAUUUCAUUUGUGACCAAUGUGGAAGCGGAUUCCCAUCUGAAGGUCGUCUCAAAAUUCACUCUGUUUCGCAUGAGAACGGUUCGUUUCCAUGCGAAAUUUGCGACAAAGUUUACCGCACUAUCCAUGCUAAACAGGACCAUAUCAAGAUAGUGCAUUUGCACGCGAAAAAGAACAGAUGCACUUUAUGUCCAGAAACUUUUAGGGAUUACUAUCAGAAGCAAAAGCAUCUAGUGGAAGUGCACGGAUUGCAAAGGAACGUUUACAAAUGCGGCUUCUGUCCUAAAACGUUCCUGACUAGUUCUAAUGUGAGAGCCCACGAGCGCUUAGCCCACGUAAAGAUGCACAAGUACUCGUGUGAUCAUUGCAGCUAUCACUGUUACGAUAAAUACGCCUUGACUAUGCAUAUGAUUUGUCACAGCGACGAAAAGAACUAUAAAUGUCAGGUGUGCAAAAAGAGUUACGCUAGAAAGAAAACUUUAACUGAGCAUAUGAGGAUACACAAUAAUGACAGGAGAUUCGCGUGCCAGUAUUGCGAUAGGGCAUUUGUUCAGAAAUGCAGUCUCAAAGGUGAAGACUCUAACCCGAUCAAGAGUAAUGGGGAAGUAGAACAAAGUCAUGAAAAGAAAUCCACAAAUAUACAACUCACUAGGGAGCAAAUGAUGACUAACGAUGAACUGAGAGCUAGAAAAACAAACGCGCAAACACUGUUGGAGAAUACCAAAAUUUGUCCAUUUAAGUGGAUGAAAAAUCUAUUCAUGUGCUUCUUCUGCGAACAGCGAUUUGCAGACCCAGCCAAACUAAGAGAUCAUCACACAACCGAACAUAUGUCUCUGACGACUGAGCAAAUAAAAAAAGCGGUGUUCGGACUCAAAAAAUAUGAAUUGGUCAAAGUUGAUAUAACUGACGUCAGUUGUAAAUAUUGCGAUGAUGUUAUCCCGGAUCUUACUUCUCUAAAAUACCAUUUGCUGUUCAAACAUAAUAAGAGCGUCGAUCCCAAAUCCAGUGAUGGUAUACUUCCUUUUAAACUUACAAGUCACGAUUUAACGUGCACUAUAUGUGAUAGUACUUAUGCGGAAUACAAGACAUUGAAUCAUCACAUGAACACACACUUCAAGAAUUUCGUAUGCGAAAAGUGUGGCGCAGGUUUCGUUACGCCUAACAGAUUGAGGACCCACGCAGUCGUCCACGAGACUGGUUCCUUCCCGUGCGACGCCUGUGAUAAAAUUUUCAAAUCUUCAACCUCAAAGAGCGAACAUUACGCCACCGUUCAUAAGAAAGUGAAGAGGCACAGAUGCCCGCACUGCAAUGAAUCUUUUCAUAACUAUUUCCAGAGGAAUAAGCAUAUAUCCAACGUACACGGUUUGAAUUUACAAGAAUUCAAAUGUACGAUGUGUCCUAAAGUUUUUAUAGUGAGAGCAAAUUUAAGUGUUCAUAUACAGACGGUUCAUUUAAAAGUCAAAAGGUUUUCUUGUAAUGUUUGCGAAUGGAGAUGUUACUUGAAAUCUGAAUUAAAGGAUCACAUGCUGAGGCACGGCGGUGACGACUCUAACACGACCGAGAGUAAUAGGGAAGUAGAACAGAAUCAUAAUCAGAAAACAACAAAAAUGAAACUCAAUAGUAAGCAAACGAUGACACUGAACGACGAAUUGAAAGCUAGGAAGAAAAAUGCCCAAACACUGUUGGAGAACUCCAAACUUUGUCCUUUUAAAUGGUUGAAAAAUCUAUACAUGUGUUUCUACUGCGAACAGCAAUUUCCAGACCCGGCCAUUCUUAGAGAUCAUCACAGAACCGAACAUAGAUCUCAAACGUCUGAGCAAAUAAAAGAGGCAGUGUUCAGGCUAAAAAAAUAUGAAUUGGUCAAAGUUGAUAUAACCGACGUCAGCUGUAAACUUUGCGAUGAUGUUAUCCCUGAUUUUGCGUCUCUGAAAAACCAUUUGCUAAUCAAACACAAAAAGGGCAUCGAUCCCAAAUCCAAUGAUGGCAUGCUUCCUUUUAAACUUACUAGUAACUUAUUCAAGUGCACUAUAUGUGAUAUAACUUAUGCGGAGUAUAAGACUUUGAACCAUCACAUGAACAUACAUUUCCAGAAUUUCAUAUGCGAACAGUGUGGUGCCGGUUUCGUUACGCCUGACAGAUUGAGGACUCACGCGUUCUCGCACGAGACUGGUUCAUUCCCGUGUAACGGAUGCGAUAAAAUCUUCAAAUCCGCAAACGCUAAGAACGAACAUUUCGCCACCGUCCAUAUGAAAGUGAAGAGGCACAGAUGCCCGCAUUGCCCUGAAACAUUUCGGAACUAUUUUCAGAGGAAUAAGCACAUAUCGAACGUUCACGGGGUGAAAUUAAAAGAAUUCAAAUGUACGUUGUGUCCGAAAGUUUUUAUAUCGAGCGGGAAGUUGGGAGUUCACAUACGAACGGUCCAUUUAAAAUUGAAACGGUAUUCUUGUGAUGUUUGCGAAUGGAGGUUUUAUUCGAAAUCUGAAUUGAAGGAUCAUAUGGUGAGACACGGCGGGGAGAGGAAACAUCAAUGUAAUAUAUGCAAGAAAGGAUAUGCGAGGAAAUACACGCUGACCGAGCAUAUGCGAAUACAUGAGAACGAUAGAAGAUUUGUAUGUCCAACCUGCGGAAAAUCUUUCAUACAGAACAGUACUCUGAAGCAUCACAUUAAAAUUCAUCAUCCACCACCAGUAGGGCCUUUGAAAAUAUCUGACGUGCUUUACGAUUCUACGAAUUCUUGA